AUGAAUUAUUUGUGUGCAAACGCCGGUCAAUACCUUCCUGCUGGUCAUGAAAAUCAGCAUAUAUUAGCAAGUGAAGGUCCUGAUAAUUAUUUAAUGAACUUUUACAUAACACAAUCUUCAAGUACUUAUCGACCACCGCGCGUAAGACCAAAAUCGAAUAUUCUUGGAGAUAAAUCAUUAACAACCGAAAAUCUUCUCACACAAAAACUCAAAGCUGAUAGAGCAAAAACUGGUUUUGUUAAUAAUGAACGAUACUAUAUACCAUAUACACGUUCAUUGGAUGAAAUUGAUAAUCCAACGGUUGGUCGUAUGUGUUCAGAAAAUUAUGAAACUUCUCAUCAAUCACAAUUUAAACCAUAUGAACUACCGAACGGUACAGAAGCACUUCCACCAAAUAUUACCAAUCAGAUAUCAGGAUUCUACCGUGAACGUGCUAUACAUGCACCGAAUUCAUUUGUACCUCCGAUUGGCGGCAAAGAAGUGACAACUUAUGGCAGUACUUUUGUUACACCAGCCAGAUCUGAACCGGUUUUAUUGGGACAAGUGGGUCCAAAACAAUCUUCUGGAUUUAUUUCAAAUACAGAAAUCGAACCAUUAACAACAACAUUAGGUGAACGAUGGAAUUUCCGUUCGAGACCCAUCGGAGGUUCUGAAUAUAAAGAUAAAUUUCCACUAUAUGAUUACCCAAAAGGUGAUGAUCCGUUACUUACAGUUGUUGGUACCAAUACAAAAAUAUCAUCGGAUCGUGUAAUUAAUAAUUUUGUUCUACCUACUAGUGAAGGUCCGUAUGCCGGUGGCAUAUUUGCACCAGAUUCUACAGAAUAUCGAGAGCAUUAUCUGGCCCGUCAAUUUUUACCUGAAAAAAUGGGUAACUUGAAUAUUGGACCCAAAGAAUCGUCAGGACCAAUCAUUAAUGAAUAUGGUUAUGUGCAAACAUUUGAUGAUCCACGCCGAUUUAUUACAACGUAUCAAACAAAUCAUUUUGAUAUGAAUCGCAAGGGACGCGAUCGUGAAGGUUACGUUGUUGGUGGUAUCCAAAACCCACGACCUACCGGUUUUACAAAAAAUAAUAAAUUAUCGAAUCCAGUCGAUAAUUUUCUUGAUGAGCGCGUUACUCAUUAUCGACUUGAUCCAUAUCAAGUCAGGAGCUUACGAGCACGCGAUCCAUUUUUUGAUGAUGCAACACAUGACAAUAAAGGGCGUUUACAAAAGACAAGCGACUUAUUUUAA